AUGGAGGAGGUGCAGCGCCAGCUGAGCGAUGUGCGCGACCAGCUGGGCGGGGCGCUGGAGUUUGUGAUGGAUGAUCUGCGCCAGAAGUGGCGGGAGCUGAGCGGCGGCCCCUCGGUCAGCGAGGGCCUCAAGCAGUUCUUUCAUGCAGUUGACUGGUCGGAGCGGUGGAUCCAGGGUCUGAUGGCCUUCCACCUGCUGCUGCUCAUCCUGGUACUGCUGUACCGCCGCUUCCCCGUGGUGCACGCUGCCAUCUUCCUGGGCACGAUGCCGCUCAUCUACUUUGCGGAGCGCAUCAACGGCCUGGCGGCGCGCCAUUGGCGCAGCUUCGCCAAGCAGAACUAUUUUGAUUCGCAGGGGAUCUUCACGUCUGCCAUGCUGUCGGCGCCGCUCCUGCUCAUCAUGUUUGUCAUCCUGGUCAACUACCUCGUGUCUACCUCUGUGCUGCUGGUGAAGAUGAAGAGGAAAGAGCUGGAGGUCAAGGCACGGCAGCAGCACCGCGCCGCUGCUGCGGCAGGCGGCGGCGGCUCCCAGACCGCGGGGCAGGGCGCCAAGCAGGCGGCGGCUGCAGGCGGCGCGACGGAUGCCAAAAAGGAGCGCUGA